UUUAUUUUCCACGCCCUUGCCCCCCCCCUUACUCAGCACUAUGAGUACCAUACAGAAUCUCAAAAAUUUCAUACGUCAUGGCAAGCAAGCCCGCCUGGUGACGCCGCAUGCCGAACCCACCACCAAUGUUUCGCCCAUCCAUGCCGAACAACAACGUCAACCACAGGGCUCCUAUCCCGCCGCUGCCGGCAACCUCGACGCCAUUGACAGCAAACUAGGCAACGGAAACGCCCAGCCUUCUCAGCGGAACUCCGACUCGUCACAGUCUAGGCGCGCUCGCGAACUCGAGAUCGAGCAGAUCAUCGCCGAAGAGAAGAGUAGUCGGAACAAGAUGCCUAAAUACCCGGGUCUUGAGCGCUGGAUCUUGAUGGAGAAGAUGGGGGAUGGCGCCUUUAGCAACGUCUAUCGCGCCAAGGACACCACCGGCGAGUUCGGGGAAGUCGCCAUCAAGGUGGUGCGCAAGUUUGAAAUGAACAGCAACCAGCGUGCCAACAUCCUGAAAGAAGUGCAGAUCAUGCGCAAUCUCGAUCACCCCAAUAUCGUCAAGCUGAUCAGUUUCUCCGAGUCACGUCAAUACUACUAUAUCAUCCUCGAACUCUGCCCCGGUGGCGAGCUGUUCCAUCAAAUCGUGAGAUUGACCUACUUUAGUGAAGAGCUCAGUCGCCAUGUUAUUGUGCAGGUCGCCCAGGCAAUUGAGUAUCUCCACGAGACUUCCGGAGUUGUGCAUCGUGAUAUCAAACCCGAAAACCUUCUCUUCUACCCGACAGAAUUCAUCCCGAGCAAGCACCCCAAACCUCGCCAGCCCGGUGACGAAGACAAGGUCGACGAGGGCGAGUUUAUACCUGGAACAGGUGCUGGUGGUAUUGGCUUGAUCAAGAUCGCCGAUUUUGGGUUGUCGAAGGUUAUCUGGGACAGCCAAACCAUGACGCCAUGUGGAACAGUCGGAUACACUGCCCCUGAGAUCGUCAAAGAUGAGCGGUACUCCAAGAGUGUCGAUAUGUGGGCCCUGGGUUGCGUUCUCUACACUCUCCUCUGUGGUUUCCCGCCGUUCUACGACGAGAGCAUUCAGAUCCUGACUGAAAAGGUUGCUCGUGGUCAAUACACCUUCUUAUCGCCGUGGUGGGACGAUAUUUCCAAGUCCGCCCAGGAUCUGAUCUCUCAUCUUCUGACGGUGGAUCCGGAGAAGCGCUAUACCAUCAAGCAGUUCCUUGCCCAUCCCUGGAUCCGUGGCACCGAUGAAGCUACUGAAGCUGCUGCGGAUGCUCCUCCACUUGCAACGCCUCUUACUACCCGCAAGCAGGGACAGCCCUUGGAUGCAAUUGCGGCCGACCAAGCGCCAUUCGCUCCGAUCAGUGCCCGCCUCGGCGACCAACCAUCGGCUGGUAUGGAACGCCCCAUGGACUUCCGUUCUCCUGGAGCGAUCAAUUUGCGCGAGGUCUUCGAUGUUGGUUAUGCCGUGCACAGACAAGAAGAGGAGGGCAAACGUCGCAAGAACUUCCGUCAAGGUUAUCGUGGGGCCAAUCCCUCGACGAACUUCCGGUCGGCGCUGAACCCUCUGAACGAAGACUACGAUGAGCCGGAUGAGAUCAACUAUCAACCCGUCCAGCGCGAAGAUUUUGCCCCUUCCAAGAUUCCCAAGUCCUCACAGCAGGCUGGUGAUGUCGCUGCCAUGGAGGCGAAAUUGCGAUCUACAAACUUGAGUGGUGCUCCCAGCCAUGCCGCGCAAGCACGACAAGCCCAUCAACCCCGACAGCAACAAGGUUACGGGCAACACAGUGCCAAGGUGGCCGCCGCUGCAAGGCAGAGCAUUGCCCGAGGCGCGCGGGAGCCCUUCGAGCUGAACCUGGAUAAUGCAACUCUCCUAGAGAAACGCGGUCGACGCCACCAGCCUGUUGCUUAAUUUUCUUUCGACGAUCCGAGGUCACGUCCUUAACGAAUCGAGACAGCCUUCGGGCUACGAGUUCCUAUUUUUAUGAGUUCAGUGCAUACGGUGACAAUGUUUCUCUGGCUUGGUGAAUGGGAUUGAUUUCCUCUGGGUGGUUUAUAAUCAAUCGGUCGCAUUUCUCAGGGUGUUCCUUUUUUAUUUUUUUCUCUUCUUCGACUUUCUACUAUGUUUUCAUUUAUGAUAAAACUUCUUGUGCGUGUUCUACCUCUUUGCGUUGAUAAGUUUCAGUUUCCCUUCCAUUUUCAACCCAACAUACGGUACCUUUCUUCUUCUUUUCCCCACACUUUACACAUAUCAUUUCUACCUUCCUACCUUCUUCGUCGGGAUUGCCAGCCGGACUUACACUACGGAUGGAUAUAUGCGCCCUCCUCUCUUCGCAUGAUCGAACCAUAUACAUCUCCUGCCCCCCCCCCUUCUUCACUUAAACCUCUUCCCCCCC